ACUUGUCUAAAUUGUUUUAAAACACAAACGCCAUACUUCUUGCGAAUGCAAUAUAUAAUAUUAUAAUUACAUUUAGAGGGUGUGGGUGUGAGUGUGGGGUGUGGGUGUGAGUGUGGGGUGUGGGGUGCGGGUGUGGGGUGUGGGGUGUGGGUGUGGGGUGUGGGUGUGGGUGUGGGUUAAUGAAAUAUUCACAAGUACACCCACACCCACACCCACCCUCUUGAAUUGAAUCCAGCAGAAAUAAUUUGGCACUCAAAGAGUUAAAAGCUUAUUUUUAUACUGCAAACAAUUCUAUUAAAAGAAGUCCUGUUUUUUCUUGAUUUCAUUUUCGUUAUUCAAGGUUCUGUUUCAAAAUGUAUAAAACAAUUAAAACUCAAAACGCCACAAUACCUUUCUCAUGUAUAUAUUCAAAGAAAACAAGCUUGUUAUUCUGAAUAUAUUAAAGAUAAUGUUGAUGAUCAAACAGUAGUUUGUCAAGUCGACUAUGCACAGAAUUUUGGUCUUGAUAAUCAAGAUCAAAUUCAAUCUGCAUAUUGGUUCAAGUAA